AUGAUCAGGUCAAUCCAGGCUGCUCAGCACUUGGAUUCGCGGGGACAACCAACUUUUCAAGUUGAUCUCACAACGGACAAAGGUACUUUCCGAGCCACCGUCCCUUCUGGUGCGUCUACAGGUGCGAAUGAAGCCACUGAGCUACGGGACAAGCAUAGUUCAGCAUACGGUAGCAAAGGUGUCCAGAAAGCAGUUUCGAACAUUGAACUGGUUAUUGGUCCUGCCCUGGUACAGAGCGGGCUCAAGGUCGACACACACCAGAAAUGA